AACCUAAUUUUUAAAUUAAGCGCCACAAGUGUCAAAAAGAAAAUGUUUGUUGUCAAACAACUCAUAGAUCAAAAUGUUUAAAUUUACCAUUUUACACCUAAUAAUAACGUUAGGGAUUUAAAAGCCAAAGAAUGUAUUUAAAGGCGUGUGCAAGCUCUUUAUUUGUAGUUUAUGUAGGAAUGUUAUUUUAUAGUCCAUUAUGUCUUUCUUUUACAUGGUUCAAUAUGCUUUUAUGUUGCAUUGUUAUUUUUGCUGUAAUUGCAUCCGUUUGGGCACACAUCCUUUUAUCGUCUCAUCAUAAAACUGGGGCAGGUUUAGAGUACAUACAACAGGAAUUUGAAGUGUUUAGAAACAAGCUAUUGAUUAAUUAUGAUACCAUAAAAGGCAAAUCUCCUCAAACUCAUCUUGCAGUGGUUUUUGGAAGAACUUUGGAUAGUUUAUUACAGCAAUUAUUGGAUUAUAUGACCAGGGACUACAUUUUUUAUUAUUAUGAUAAGUAUUCUUAUAAAGAUUUUUGUAUUCGUGACAAUAUAAAAGAAGACUUGUGGGGGGCAGUACAAGUUUUACAUGAUAGAUUUUCUAGGAUUGACCAUGCUAAAUUACUCGCCUGUGAUUUAAUUACAAAAAUUACUAGUCAUUUUGAAAAAAUUAGGGAAGCUAAAAGUUUAGUUAUUGACAGUGAUCAUUAUCCACUUUUUAAACUUUCCCCACAUCUCUUAUCAAGAGAAAGAGAACUGGGAUAUUUAAGACUGGUCAGUGAAGUUCUUAUGAUGUUUUUAUUGCCAAGGGGUUAUUUGUUAUCUCCAGCUAAAUAUUUUUUGAGGGAAGUUAUUGCAUGCAAAGUUUUAUAUCCAAUGAUUGAUAAUAUAACAGAUCCAGAUUAUUUUAAUCAAAACGUAAUAAUUUACAUAGAAGCACAAAAAGUAACAGCAGCUAUGCAUAGAAAAACCUUCGAAUAUGCAAACAGUUUCGAGGAUUUUUUAAAAAUGAUACAAAAAUCAGACGAUAUUGAAUUAUUAAAACGUUUCCGUUAUGAUAUUGUUACAAAAAUAAUGCAAGCAACAACUUUACAAAACCUAAAACGUGCAAAAGGGGUUGACGCAGAUAUGGAAAAACCAUCAGGUUCAACCGGAAUAAACAAAUCAGAAAUAAACGCAGCCAAAAAAUUAAAAAGAUACAUCAACCAAUUAAUGUUCGCUAAAAAGCAAUGCGAGAAACGUUUGGCCCAAUUAGGUUGGGAUAUUGGGUUCCAAUAUAUCGAAGAUAAAGUGCUACCUUUAUCUUCGAUAUUAUCCAGCGUUAUAGGAAGGCGAUAUUUAACUCAUUUCCUUGAAAAUGUUGCAAGCCAAGGAUUAGUAGGUUAUUACAUUUCCGUUGAGGAGCUAAAAACAGCGCAACGAAAAAGUUGGCAUCAAAUCGGUGCCGAAAUUUUUUACACCUUUAUUCGACACCCAACGGCAGAAAUAAAAGUUGAAAAAAAUACCAAAAAACGAAUGGAAGCCUUUUUAUUAGGCGAUAAAGGGCCUGAAGUUUUUUACGAAGUCCAACAACAAGUCGUGCAAAUACUAGAAGAAAAAUAUUACCAACCAUUUAUUAACAGCGAAUUUUAUAAAAAAAUGUUGAGCGAAAUGGAACACGAAGUAACCGAAGUAGAUAGGGCGAGUUUUAGCGAAGAAAAACCGGGUUCUGGUGACUCAAUAACGAAUCACGAUAAUACUUUGCACGUUGGUGAUCAUUCAAAUUACGCUCGGAAAAAAUUGGAUCAAUUACAAGAAAAGUUAAACACAAAAUCACAAGCUUUACAAGCAUUAAAAACAUCGCUUAAACCCGAAUCUAGGGUUUUAACCAUUUUAGAUAAGGAAGUCCAAUGGUUACAAGGUGAAAAACGACAAUUGGAAGCUCAUUUGGCUCGAACGGAAAUUUGGGGGGAAAAUUUAGGAAAAUGGAGAGCAGUCGUACAAAACGCCGAAAUUCUCCCGGAAAAAGAAUCAUUACUUUUCGUGAUCGUCGUUGAUAUGAUUGAACAAGGAACGAAUGAAGAUGAAGAAGAAAUUAGUUCUGGUUGGGUUGUGUCGAGAACGUUGACGCAAUUUCAAGAGUUACACAAAAAAUUGCGACCUUUGUGUUCAAAUUUAAAAAAUUUAGAGUUACCUUCACAAAGCUUUAAAUUUUUAUUUGGUAAGAGUGAUAAAAAUAGUUUGGAUAAAGCUAAAGGACAAAUUCAAAAAUAUUUACAAUUCAUUCUUGAAGAUGAUCGUUUAAAUCAAAGUGAAGCAAUUUAUUCAUUUUUAAGUCCAAGCUCUGAGCAUUUAAAACACACGACCCCUUCCCCAAAAAAAUCGAAAUUUUCAUUUUCAACGUUAUUUAAAAGUAACAACGAGCAAAAUUCUCGAGAUACACCAUUUACACUUCGAGAGAAUGAAGAGGAUGAUUUAUCUCAAUGUUUAGAGGGGUCAAGUAUUGAUACGGUUGAUUCUCGUUUAAAUGGAGGUGCAAAAAUAAUUGAUGAUGGAAAAGAUUCGAUAGCAGAACCUCUUUAUUCGUUAUUAACUGAAAUUUUUGAUAUGCGGGGUUUGUUCAAGUAUUUAAGAAAAACGUUGAUUGCUUUUGUGCAAAUAACUUAUGGUAGAACAAUUAAUAAGCAAAUUUAUGAGACGAUUUCUUGGUGUUUUUCCGAACAAAUGAUGCAUUAUUAUAUAACGUUGGUUACAAAAUCUUGGUGGCCAGCGGGAGUUUUAGCGGAGCAAAAACCAUCGAGAUCAGAAGAGACGAAAAAGCAGACAGCUAAAGAAGCACGGGAACAGUUUAUUUUAAAUGUACCUGAAGUUUUAGUCACUUUAGUAGGAGCCAGCGCGGCUAAAAAUGGUGCCAGGAAGAUAUUUGAUACUUUACAAAAUAAAGCAAUGAACAAACAACUUUUUUAUGAUUUAUUUGAAACAACUCUUUUGGAGGCAUUUCCAGAGCUUCAAUCACACUUUACAUAACACUCCACAACGUUACAUUAACAAAGUUAUUUUUCUACAAGUGACUAACACAAAAUUUCUAUAUUAAACAAAGAAAAUCUUUAUCUUCCUUAGUAUUUAAAACUUAGAAAAGAAAAAGUUAUUCGUGUCAGUAUUAUCUACUUAUUCCACAGAAUAAUUACGUACAAAACAUACAAAAAUUGUAAUCUACAUAGUUAAAAUGUUUCGUUACACAAAUAGAGUAGCUUGAGUAUGGCUUUUACUAGAUAUUAAUAGUAUUCUAGCUUUUUUCUUUGUGAUAAGCCUAAUUAUAUUGAUAAGAUUUUAGAAAUGGUAUUAUUUUGGCUACUUAGAAUAGAGCUGUGUAAAUUGUUUUUUUUAUUUAUUGUGUAUGUACAUAAUCAGUGUUUAAUAAAACAUAUCGAUAAUG